AUGCCUGGAACACAGUUCAACAAGCAAAGAAACUAUGAUUCUCUCGCAGCACGGUGCCUCUGGGGGAUCAACAACGCCCUGUUCCACGUCGCCAAGGAAACCGGGGAGAAUGGCGUCGACCGCGUGGUCGGCGUGUCCUGCUGGCUUCCGCCGCAUGCCGCCUCCGAGCCGGAGAGCUGGUACAGCUGGUGUCAGGGGUGGGUGCUGAGCUGGCGACAGAUGCUCAACAACGUGUGGCAUCUGGGACGGGGCGGGCUCCGGACUAAUCGGUACUGGAUCUGGAAGGAGAGGCAGCAGGAGGCGCAGAGCGUAAUCUGGGAUGAUCCGCGGGGGUACUAUUUCUGCAACAUUGUGGCUGUUAGUCCCAAGGCGCAGGGGGGUGGGAUUGGGAGGAAGUUGUUCGAGGCAGUUACUGAUAUGGCGGAUCGGGAGGGGGUGAAGUGCUAUUUGGAGAGUUCGCGGAAUGUGCCUAAUGUGCAGAUUUAUGAGAAGAUGGGGUUUAGGAUGAAGAAGGAGAUGGAGUGUCGGGAUGGGGAGGAUGUUUGCAUGGUAGGUUUCUUUUCUCUUAUCUUUGCUUUGCAUCUUGAGAGAUGGAUGUCUGAUAAUGUGUUUGACAGCUUUAUUGCAUGGUUCGUGAGCCUAAUUCGGAGAAGUGAGGGUUCGGGCGGUUUCUAUCUGUUUUUACUGUAUGCGGUAUUUGAUGGCGAAUCGGGAUGGCAGGGUUUACGGAGGCCUGCUGCUUUACAAUUUCUUCGAUUAUGA